UAUGCUCUUCUAUCCCUAGCUCAAGUUAAACAAAUAUUCUCACAAGCUGCAAACAAGUGGUCGGAUACAGGGAUUCUGAUGAAAAGUGUUGAUUCGAACAGAAACCCCGAAAUAAAAAUACAAUUUUGUGAUUUCUCCGUUUGCGCUUCUGAUGGUAAUCAGAUGGAUGCUGAAUUAUUUGGUUUGGAAGGAGGAGAGUUGGCAACAACACGUGUUAAGGGAGAUACUACCUGGAUACUUUUUGACGACAGAAGAUUUUGGGGAGGAGAAUCCAGUCUUGCUCGUCUUCAAUAUUCAAACCUGAACCUUCAGACCCAUCUUCUUCAGGUUGCUACUCAUCAGUUUGGUCACGUGAUAGGGUUAGAACAUUCAAACAAUACUAAUUCUAUUAUGAACCCGUUUUACACAGAAUGGCUGACUGAAGUAUCUCCUAGUGAAGACGACAUAAGAAAAAUAUCUUCUCGUCGACCGAAAUCUAGUGCCGUCAACUUUAUUACUUUUAAUUAAAGAACCUUCUACGAUGAUUAAACAAAUUUGAAAUUUAAAACUUUUAUUUUGGAAAA